GUUCCUGCUCUCUGCUCUGCCUCGGCUGCCUCCCAUCUGCGGCCUGUUUCCAUCGCUCCUUUCUGCCACGCCGGCUGCAACUGAAACGAUGGCAGAAUCAACCCUGGUCCAGGAGGACCUCGCUCGCUUUGAUCUGCUCACCAUCCUGAUCACAAAUGACGCCUUCAUUCGAGCUGCGAGUCCACCCUUGCUUGGAAAGCUUCUGAGAGUCUCGAAGCAGACUCGGGCUAUACUCAACACUUAUCAAAUAUGGGAACGGUUACUAUUUCCUAAAUUGCAAAUCACACCCGAAUUCCUGUUCGAAGGUGUCGAUCCCUCCAUCGAUCGGCUGAAAGUGGCGCAAGGGCUCUUCUACUAUGCGCUUCGCCAGAACCAGCACAAGCCAACCAACUCAUCGAUGUUGGAGAAGGAGAACGAGUUCUGGUCCGAAGUCUAUCGAGACGAACAGCUGUUUAACCGAGUGCAACGCUUCUGUCAAGUGACCGAUCCAGAGUUCCGCUUUCCUGAGGACGCAAGACCAAACAGUUCCAAGCAGCCAUCCGUCGAGGAGAUGAUCACCAUCGCUGAGAGUCAAAAUUUUCGCUCCCAGUGGCCAAUAGUGGUCGAAGGAUGGGAUAUCACGAUUCGACCCAGUGCGAGAAGGGGUGGAAACACCUAUGUUUCCAGGCUUUUGCCAUUCGACAUCCCAGCGAUCAACCAAGCAAGGGAAAAGAAACUAACACUCGAGGAUGUGUCAUUUCUAGAGGUGUCUGGAUGGCCCAUAUGGCUCUCCAAUAUUUCAAAUCUGAAUAUCGGGCAUAGCUAUUGGGGAGGAGUGACCGAUCCACUGAUCAGCUUGGAAGGCAUGCCGAAGGAACUGCCUCGCCUGACAGGGCUCGACCUGAGUGGAUGCACUGAACUCAAGUCGCUGAAGGGAAUGCCUGAGAUGCCCAAGUUGGAGACACUCCAGCUCCCCAAGACCAUCGAGUCUCUGGAAGGCAUGCCGAAUGAGCUGCCAUCUCUCACCAAGGUCAAUCUGAACCCAUACAGUCGACUGAUGUCUCUCGCUGGGCUGUCAAAUGUGCCAAGGUUGCUUGAACUCGACAUUCCGGUCAGCAUCGAGACUCUCGUGGAUGUCCCCGAGGAGUUCCCGUCUCUCACCAAGCUCACAAUCUCCUCGCGCAAACCCCACAACAUCUUGAGCCAACUCCCGAGCACGCCAAAGCUCAAUCACCUCAUACUCCCAAGUCAGUUUGUGAGCCUGGCCGAUCUGCGUGUGAAUCAAAGCUCCCUCAAAGUCCUCGACUUGCAUGCUUGCUGCGAAUUGAAGUCGCUGGGUGACAUUUCCUCGUAUCCCAAGCUCGAGAUACUGAUCACGAGCUGGAGGAUCUCCGGGCUACCGAAGGGAUGUCGAGUGGUGUUCAAUGAUACGUUCGAGUAUACCUUUGGCCGAUUCUCAAGCUGGCUCGGCAUGGAGCUGCUCAACAUCCUGUGUUUCCUUUAUUUAGCUCUAUUAUUGUGUGUGAUAUUCACAAUGGAGGACAGCUCCGGUGUUGCGUUGUGCGGCUGUCCUGCUUUGCGGCUGCCGAACCCGAAGCGAGUCCGAGUCCCUCACAAUCUAUGA